GCAAUAUAAAAAUAAACAAAUAAAAUAUAAAACUGACUGUGAAUUACAAUGGAUAGACAUCAGAGGCAUUCUCAGUUCACAUAUGAACAAUUCAAUCUUAGAUAUUCAUUUGGUUACGAUUGUAAACGUUUGCGAAAUUUGUGUCACAUUGACAAGAAUACUUUGGUCUUUGCAUCCGGCAACUACAUCCAUUAUUUCGAUAUAAACUCCAAGAGAGUCACGUUUAAAGAAACCAAGUACGGUGGUUGCAUUGGAUUUAUAACACGAAACGAACAUCCCAGAUUUAUCAAGUUGCUUACUGUUGCUGAGAAUGGCAGCAGGCCUAUUAUAUUUAUAUAUGAAUACCCUUCACAUAAGAUACGUAUCACACUUAUAGAUGCGGCGAAAUCUUGCUUUACUUGCGGAGCAUAUCAUCCGAAUGGUGAAAUCUUUGCUUCACAGGCAGGCUAUCCGGAUUUCAUGCUUACCAUUUGGCGCUGGCAAAAAGCUGAGAUUGUUUUGCGUGCUAAAUCUUUUCAGAGCGAUAUUUUAUGUGUCCAUUUUUCAUUGUACAAUCCAAUUAUGAUUGUUACCGCCGGAGUGAGCCACAUUAAAUUUUGGAAAAUGGCCAACACAUUUACGGGACUAAAGUUGAAAGGGGAUUUGGGUCGUUUUGGUAAAACAGAUUUUAGCGAUAUUUAUGCAGUGUACAUGUUGCCAGAUGAAAAUGUUAUAUCCGGCUGCGAGUGGGGUAAUAUGUUGCUAUGGGAGGCUGGCCUAAUUAAAUUUGAAAUUUGUCGUAAGGAUGGUAAGCCAUGCCAUGCAAAACCGAUAACCGGUAUAUCUCUGCGAGACGGUGAGGUAACUACAAUCGGUAUGGAUGGUUAUGUGCGCGUAUGGUAUUGGGAAACAGUUGAUAUAGCCGAUCCUCCUGAUGAUCAUCGUUUUGUAGAGAUUGAGCCAAUUUAUGAAAUUUACAUCGGAGAUUGCGAAAUAAGGGGUUUACAAAAAAUUAAACCUUUUAAUAUAAAUGAUCACACAUACUAUGUACAGGAUGGUAAUGGUGGUAUUUGGUGGAGUGAUAUAAGUACUAGAGAAGUGCCGAGAAAGUCUUAUAAACUUUAUUCAUGUCAAGGUGGUAAAGUUGUUGCAGGUGCAGCAAGUCCAGUUGGUCAUCAGUUUAUGACUUUGGGCGAAGAUGGGAAAAUAUUCUUAUAUGAUUACAAAAGACAUUAUGUAAUGAUCGAGCAUAAAUUUGACGCAAGUGGUACGGAUCUGUUGUGGUUUAAUAGAGCUAUUUCAGUUACUGGUAUGGAAAUUGUCGCUAGCUUUGGCAAUGGUGUUGUAAGGCAUUUGUACAUCGAUAUAGGUGGUAGAAAACUUAAAUUAUUGCAUGUUUUUAAGCCACAUGUAGCAAAUAUAACAAAGAUUAGCAUAAAUGUACUAGGGAAUAUAUUAGUAAGUGCAUCUGCUGAUAAAACAUUAUUUAUAUUUCGUAUGGAUCGUACCCCACAACAUUUGCUUAAAAUGAAACCAAUGGGAUAUAUAACGUAUACUUCAAUACCAAGAGCCCUUAAUUGGCAUAGAAAUCAGCCAGACAUUAUUUUAGUGGGCACUACAGCUGGUGAGAUUUAUGAAACAAAACUCGUUAUUGACGUCACUGAAGAAGAGACAUAUUUGAGUUAUGAUAUUAAUUCGAGAGUAACCCAUAGAUAUACGAAAUUUGUUUCGGUAAAGAGUAGAAUAAGGCGUGAUAUUAGACGAGAGCAAAUAAAAAGAAGAAAGGAAUUAAAACGUCAACGCAAAAUGGAGGAUAUAGAGAAGCUUUUACGAAAUAAUCCAGGACUACAAAUUGAUUUAGAAAUCGCUUUAGCUGAUUCUGAACCAGACGAAGAAGAAGAACCAUUAUACAUACCUCCAAAACCUAAUCCAAUCCUAUGGUUGAGAUAUAUUAACAAGGAUUCUGUAUGGGUCUCAAUGGGUGGCUAUGACUCUGGAUAUAGCUAUGAAAUAGGAUUCCAUCAUCAUGAACCAAUACGCUCUAGAAUUGUGCCUGAUGCUGAUGAUCUGGAAAUACAUUCUUACUUAGACAUUGAAAAUUUCUUAGUAUUUGGAUUUAUUAAUGGCAAAAUACGUGUUACGCGUACAGUUCCAAAUGAUUUUACGCAGCUAAGGAAUUACUCGUCUAAAACUAUGCAUGAUCUGCGCACUGGAAUUGUAUCACGUUUAUUUUUAAGUCAUGAUGGUUCAUAUUUAUUUUCUACCGGUUACGAUGGUAAUAUAUUUAUGUAUAGUUGGCAUGGUCCAAAAGUUGUGCAACCAAAAAGUGCAUUACAUUUGCAACCAAUACUACCACCACUCGUAGAAGAUAUUGAUGAUCCGGAACAACCCUCCAUGGAACAAGAGAAAAUAUAUGCUGAACAGAAACGUCAAGCGGAUGCAGCACAAGCUCAUGAAGAAAAAAUAACUACUGAAAUUGCUGAGCUACAAGUAAGGUUUAAUGAAUGUAUCCGUGAGAUGAAAGAUUUCCCUGAUCAGAGUCAUGUGGAAACUUUAUCAAUGUUACAAGAUGAGAAAGUUAUUGACGAAAUUCGAGAUGACCUCAAUGCACAAUUAGAGGAUGUAUAUGAAGAUAUGGCUUAUGAUGUUGAAUAUAUCGAAUUAGCAAAAACAAAACUAUAUAAUUACUUUAUAAGGGAAUUGGAUUAUAUACCAAUCAAAAUACCCAGCAUCAACGGCCUUGAAGCAGUCUUUGCUUUUCGUAUGGUGGGUCUACAUGAAGAAUUCCAAGCAUUAAAGGACGAUGUUAAGCGCCGUUUACUUUUAGAAACAAAAAUCGAAAUCCGUAGAAAGGCUGCUGUAGAAGAAGAAGAACCUUUCGAACCAAUACCACCAGAAGAAGAAUACUUCUUUGGACUUGAUCCAGAUACACUGUUACCACGUUUCACCAAACGAAUGAUGAGGGUUUUAGUACAGUAUCGUCAACGAUUCAUUGAUGAUCAGUAUGCUGUACAUGAUAUGGAAGUAUGGGAAAAGAAAGAACCGGAUCCAACAAAAAAUCUGGAAGAUGAUGAUAUUGCGUUGGAAAUUGCUAAAAAAACAAUCGGUGAUCACAAAUUAAAGUUAGGUUAUGAUUUUGAGCCUCAGCCGCAUGAGACCGUAACUUAUAAAUAUUUUGAAAUACUAGAAUUGGAGGAAGUCUAUUUUAAUAUUUUAACGAAAUUUAAUCGUAAAAUUUUCAAAGUGCGCGAAGAAAAGUCUAAACUAUUCGAAUAUUUGAAUGCUCAGUAUUUACGCAUAAGUGAAAUUCAUUCGUUGAUACCACCACAUAUUAAAUUGUAUUUACCAGAUAUUUUACCAAUAAAUAGAGAAGAAGAAAGUCCUGAAUAUAAUUUAGUGCCACUAGCCAAAACCGACUAUGACAUAAACAUUGAUUCAUUGCUUUAUAUGGAAUAUACAGUUGAUGAUUUAUUGAAUGAUAUUGAUAGACGGAGAGAAAGGGAAAGACGGAUAAAAUCAAAUCAUACUCCAUUAUUUGUAAGUGAACAGCAAAAAUUUAGAUCGUACAAUAUUCCCGAAGUAGGAGAAUUUGAUGAAAAUACAAUACAAAAUCAGUUACGAAAAUUACCAGAACUGACAUCGUCAAUUUACUUUAAGCCUUUUUUCGAAGACGGUGUAACAUCGCCAUGGCUUCGUGAAUGCCAAUAUCGUUACCUUGUAAAUUAUGCGCAUGAGCAAAGAGAAAUCAUACAAAGCUCUCUCGAUAAAAUGGAAGGAUUUAAUGUUAAGAUACAACAAAUGGCAAAAGAUCGCUAUUCCCAAAAGUUUGUAAGUGAAUUCAUACACACCUAUUUGACAUCAAUGGAUCAAGAACUAAUAGUGUUACGAGAUAGUGAAACAAUUGAAAAUACUUUGAAGGAGAAUUCGGAAAUAGCUCUAAAAUCGAUUGCCAAAAUGGAUAAGGAAAUUAUUAGAUUAACAGAAAUAAUUGAAGAACACCGCAAAGUAGCAGAUGAACUAAUAGAAAAUAUAACGUUUCUAUCAAAUACCUUCUUGAACAGCAUAAAAAAUCAUCCAUUCUUUAAUUUCUUGCGCAGAAUAUUCAAAAAAAAGUAUAGACCACCCAAACCACCUAAAACUACUGAUGAGUCAUCAUCAUCGACAUCAUCUGAUGAUGAAACGACGUCGGAAGAGGAAAAUGUAGACGACAAAAGUCUCGACUCACAAGACAUGACUACCAUACGUUUGGAUGAAGAGCAUUGUCCUGAAGGCUUGGAGAGAAGUACUUAUGACGCGGCAUUCGUACAAAGAGCAGAAAGACAUGAGUUAGAAAGGACAUUACAGGAGGAGCAAAAAUUUAUAAAUGAACAUGUCAGAGAGCUCAAAGGAUGUGAAAGAGAAAAACAUAAUGCAACAUAUAAAUUUAAUCAACAAAAGCGAAAGUUAUUUGAAUUCCGGACGCUGCGGCAAGCAGAGCUGAAUAGAAUAAAAGUCGCCGUUGUGAUUAAAGUUAAGCAGAUACAACAUUUUUAUAAAGAUCCCAUUAAGGAAUUGGAUGACGGCAUACUUUUUGAGUGGAUGCAUUUGGUGCGAUUGAGAAAACGUGUCAAGUCACUGAAAUCUGAAAAUAGAGAAGUCAAUCGAGAAUACAGAAUGAAUAUAAUCCAUUUAAGACGCAUGAGAGCAGAUAUCAAAUUCAUGAGAAAGGAAAACAAGCGGCUAAAAAUUGUUAUUAAGGAUGAAACAUAUAAGAAGUUCGGCAUUUUUCUCGAAAUCGAUGAACUGGAUGAGGAGAUGCUGACUAAGUUUGUUUUUGAUAUGGAAACGAAUUCCGAUGCGCUCUAUCGAAGAAUUAAUAGACAAUGUAGUAGGCUUGAGAAAUAUUUAGUACCAUUAGAGGAAAGGCUUAUUGAACUAACAAAAUCGUCCACAUCAAAACGUAACAUUUUGAUAAUGCUUAGCGAGGAAAGAAAAUAUAUGCAAAAUUUGAUAAAAACCCAGAGAGCUGAUUAUGAAAAGUACAAUAGGCCACCGGAUUUGGAAUUAGUAGAAGAAAUUGAAAAACUUGUCUCUACAAUACAUCAUCAAGAAGAUGAAAUCAAGUGUAUAGAACGUGAGAUAUGUAAACUACGUACGAAACCGAAGCCUCUACAAGUCGUUCCGAUUCCUGUUGGUGAAGAAGGAUUUAUUGAAGAAAUAUCUGAAGCGGAAGAAGAAAUAUGUCCGGAGUUUACGAAAACCUUUGCUUUCGAUAUGCGUAAAAUUCCAGAUGAAUUUACUUUAGAGCGUGUUGAAUCGGUUGUUUUAAGAACAUUUGCGAAGUAUUUACGGAGUCAUUCGAGUGAGGAAAACAUACGGAAAUGUGGACGAAAAGUAACACGUUAUUUAACACAAGCGGCACAGACAUUACAAGGUGAAAUUAGCGACCCCAUCAUUGAGUGCAUUACCGAAAAUAUGCAAGCCCUCAUGCCUAAAAAAUAUUUAAUUUAUCUUAGCAAUGAGGCUUUGAGAAAGUUGUUCACUGAUAUUGUUGCUAUUGUGGAGUAUGAAAUAUCUGAAGUUAACUCUGAAGAAGUAAUAACAAGUGCGAUCGCCAAUGCUUUCGAUGAAUUACCAGAAGAUCCAACUAUUCUGAAUAAAACACAAUAUCUUCUUGAAAGACUUUUUGUAGAACUAAUUGAUGUGUUGACUUUGGAAGAACUUGAAGAGCAUCGUCAUUUACUUGAAAAUUUAUUAGCACAAAGUAAAAUUAUACAACCACGUUGUAUAGAUCCUUUCAAAAUAAUAAAUCUAAUGAACAAACAUGCAAAAAAGAAUCUAAUGGAUCACAUAACAUUAGCAGGAAUACAACGUAUAGUACCGUUAAUACGUGAUGAACUUAUGGAACUCAUAUAUUCAAAAUUAGAUUGCAAGGUUGUAAAUGAUUUUAUAGAUAUAAAAAGAGUUAAGAUGAAGAAACCCAAUGAGUACUGAAUUAAUAUUUAAUUUUUUUAAG